AUGCAGUUUGCACCUGGUCACGCCACAGUCCGUCUUAAGUUUGGUCGAUUUUACAUAGUAAAUUUUGCUGCCGAACAAGUUGAUGUUACCAGUGACUUCAGUGGCCCAUUCAGUGGCCCAUUUCGGAGAAUGGCUAACCUUCUUGACGAUUUGGAAGAUGCAACACCAUCUGGACACCUUCGGUUCUCUACAGUCCUAUCCACAAUUGGACCAGAUGCUGACGCAAUAGCCGGGACAUCAACACCAAUACCGAUGUGGACAAAGCCAGUCAUCGGGAUUAUGCUCCGAGUUACGUGCAACUUCAAAGGGGAGACAUUCUUUGUAGAAAUCAAUGCGGACACAUUCGAUUACAAGUGUCAGGGGCCAGUCAUUGAGCUGGGCUCCGUCCUAGUCCACUGCCCUCAACACCCAUGGGACAUUAAAGUGUGCGGAGAUAGUUCCAAGAACUUGGACAUGUCUGUACUUCAUCGAGUUUUUGGCCAGAUUAUUGUGAACUCUCUCCACAUUAUUCCAGUUCCGAAUGGGAUCACGGCCCUUGAGCUUACAGCCAAUGAGAAACUGGGUCUUGUAAUCGAAGGAGUCGCGAUAUGUCAUGUGGCAAAAUAUUCAAGCACCAAUACGAUGGAUAGCAAUCUUUCUGUUGUAAUGACACAGAAGCUGUCGCCGGGCGACGCACGGGACAAUCGUCGACAAUGGAGUGUUUUUAAGCGCCAGGGCGACUGCAACCCCAAAAUGUGGUUCGAAGCAUACCUAACCUCAUCAAGAAUGGAGAAAAUCAUGCAAGAAAAUUCCGGCUUGUCUAUUGGUGGUAAAUCAUCGUGGAGUUCUGAAGAUCUUUCAUCCCAAGGUCUGUUCUUUAGCCUAUAUGGCCCGGCUCUGAAGAUGAUUGGAAGCCUAGAUAAGAUCGGGCAUUACAAUGACAACGGACAGUCAAAUGACGGUGGGUUGACUUUUGGUAACUCCCUCGCAGAGGAGGAAGCGCGAAAAGGUCCAGUACGGUUUUGGUGA